GAUGAUAAGGUGACAGCUGCAAUGCAUAGAGCGGCGAAUGUAUUUAUGCGAUUGGCGUGCAGCUCCGAGCUCGACAGCAUCGGUUCAUUGAGAACUCUGGAAGCAGCGUCCCAUGCAUCUUGCGUUCAGAAGCAUGAAGGUGUGGAGCACCGUGUUGGGCAUCAUCUUAUCAAGCACCGUGACGGCAGGCAACCUGCCCGAGCAAAACAAGGUGUUGCACGACUUGUUCGCCAACAUCGGACCCAAUGACCUCCCACUGGAAGACUCGUACUUCACCAUCCGGGAGGACGGCGCACCGAAGAACAGCACGCUAUACCGCUUCAAUAUGACCAAUGGCUUCCUGAGAGACCUGCACCGGAAACUGGCGCCCAAAUUCCAUGAAGAGUACUGCAAAGCCCGCCUGGACCCGUUCUUCAACAGCCUGGGGGUGAACUGUGCCUUGGACCUGGAGGGCACGCUCGCCACCUACGAUGCGUCGCUCUCCUAUGGCGCAAGCGUCGUGCACAACUUUAGUGUCAAUGCCGUCAUUAUCAAGCACUCUGGAAUCAAUCCUCCCUUGCUGUCGGUGUACACCUACGGUAAUACGUGCAAGACUAAUAAGUGUCAACUUCAUGGCUACGACAUUUACAUCACAGCAUUUGAACUCAACACGACAGCGUCUCCAAGAUUCCGUGACUUGACAUCAAAUCCAAAGUUCCAAAACUUUAAGAAGAACCAGACUUUGGCCCAAGAAGUCUGGACAAACUUUAACGUGAAAAUGUACACUCAUAUCUUGCCUAUCAUCGUCAAGACUUUGAACGUGACUUAUCGCUCGGAAAUACCGAAAAGAAUGGCCAAGGUUGGAGCCUUGGACAAAACGCUCUUUCGCCUUUCUAAUAGAAGACUUGCUGCAUGAGCGCUGCAGCUGUUCGUAAGCAGGGCCAAAAAAAGUAUGAAAAAGAAGAAACACUGGAGUGGUUCACACAUUUUUGGAUGGGCUAAUUGGAGAUACAAUGCUGCCUGGUCUACAGGCGCGAACACACAUAAUAAGGACUGGCGCUCGUCCUGUCUGUCACGUGUUUCACUAUGCGUAUCAGUUCGCGCCUGCGUAAAGAAUAUGGUAAAGAUUCAGAAGUGUUACGAGUGCGACUAAGACACAAAAUAGAGAUGAGAAAAGGAAUUUCUCAGUUCACUUUAUGACGAAAUAAAUGCUACUUUUGUAAACAAAUGCCAGUACACUACACUUGCAACGGUUUCGUUAUGAAAUCGAGGAUGCCUCGUGGUAAACGUCUAAUUAAUGUCCUUGGCCUUGUUGAGACGUUACAGGCUGCUACAGGAGAUUCAACCUGAGGGUCACCAGCUGUCAGGUUGCCCGAAGGGUCAAGGUUCCCUUCCGAAGUUAUGGCUGAGGACCCACUGCAGCUAGGGGUUCCAGUACUCGCGUCAUUGCGGCGUUCUUCCUAAGAAAACACAAGCACACACAGACUCUGGUCGGCGUGCCCGAGCGACACGCCUAUGGGACGCUAUGAUCCCGGCACCGUUUUAUAAACUUCUGCCCCUCUCUCUGUCUCUCUUUUCGUUUUGUCGUGGUCAGCCCUUGGCAAGACAAAAAUAAGAUGCCAAUCUCACUAACAUCGAUAACGAUAUGUACAGAACACGUUUAAAAAAAAAAAAACUUGAGUUCGUUGCUUAAAAUCCCUGGCUCAGAUCGCCUGCAUUUUUAUUCUGUCUCCCUUUCCUAUACUUGACCUCGAAGUUGUAUUCCUGCAAAAUGAGACUCCAUGUCAGCAGUGUCCUGUUCUCUUCCGACAUUUGCUUCAAACAUGCAAGAAGGCAAUGGUUGAUCUCGACCUUGAAUUUCGUGCCUUAACAUAGAUAGCAUCCUAGCUUUUGAAUGGCCCAUAGUAUGCACAAAUACCGAGGUGCGAAACGCCUCUUCUCGCGGUGUCAGUUUUCUAAUGAGGUACAGCACGGGGUACUCUUCACCGCGUUCGUUAAGUUGGGUAAGGACGACACUUAGACAAACGUUGUUGGUGCCACACUAGAGAAUUAAUUCUCUGCAAAAGUCUGGCGACACAAGCACAGGCCGUGAAGACAAGGCUUUCCUCUCAAAACAAUAAACAUAUUCCGAAUGAGCUCCUCAAAUCUUCCCGCUUUCGUGCGACUCAAGCACUAACAUUUUCUUUCUCUUGUCCACAAAGGACCCGAACUAAAUAAUAAUAAAAGAAUGUUGCGUAAUAUACGCGCUCGAAGCUACA